UCUCACCGCAUCUCCCGGAAGCGGGCGGCGCGGGGUGAUUGCGUCACAGGGCAAUGCUGGCGGCGGCUGAACGGGGUCGGGGCGCCGCCAUGGAGAGCGCGGGUCAGGAUAUCAACCUUAACUCUCCCAACAAAGGUCUGCUGUCGGAUGCCAUGAUGGACGUUCCUGUGGACGGCGCGGCAGCGGCGAGGACGGCAGCGCCCGAGGGGCUGAGUGCUGCUGAGGAGGAGGAGCUGAGGGCUGAGAUCGCCAAGGUUGAAGAAGAAAUUGGUACUCUCAGACAAGUUCUGGCUGCUAAAGAGAGGCACUGUGGAGAGCUGAAGAGGAAGCUGGGUUUGACUCCCUUGGAUGGGUUGAAGCAAAACCUGUCUAAGAGCUGGCAUGACGUGCAGGUCUCCAACGCUUAUGUGAGAACAUCUGAGAAACUUGGAGAGUGGAAUGACAAAGUGACACAGUCUGACUUAUAUCUUUCAGCCAGCAGCACUCUGGAGGACUGGAAUGAGAAAUUAACUCAAUCAGAAGCUUAUAAGAAGACCCAAGAAACCCUUUCCCAAGCAGGACAGAAGACUUCAGCAGCCCUUUCCAACGUAGGUUCUGUUAUCAGCAGGAAACUUGGGGACAUGAGGGAAUUUCCUAUUCCACUGUGGCUGGGAUUACCCAAGUGGGCUCACCCCUUCUCGCAUUCCUUUAGCAGUUACUCCAUUCGCCACUCGAUAAGUAUGCCAGCAAUGAGGAAUUCUGCAACCUUCAAGUCAUUUGAAGAUAGAGUUGGGACCAUAAAGUCCAGAGUGGUGGGCAGCAGGGAAAACAGCACUGAUGGCCUCCAGUCCCCCUCAGCUGGAGACAAGCCCCCCCAGGACAACGCUCCUUUCUAGACCUGCAGUGUGGCUUUGCACAGCUGUGCACGACUCCAAGAGCAAGCCUCCUCCCUCCCAAAUCUUCACAACAGCGACAACAUUCAAAUCCAUGAAGGGGCUGAGAGCCAGUCUGGAGAGAUCCAUAACUCAUUCAUAGACACUGCUGCUGGAUCUGAGUCAAAUAAAGAGAAUGCAAAGUUUUGUACACAGAUAAUAUUUUACACUAAAGUUUGUAGAUGAAUUGUAUCACUGUGCUAUCCUGUUGGGAGAGCACUGAAGAUGGAGUUUCCCUAAAGUAGCUCAGAAAUGCCACUGGUGUAGAAAAAAAACAUUUUUCCACUUCUGUUGUCUCUUGGAACAGUUAAAUUGCCACGUGCAGUGUGAGGAGGGCAGUUAGAGGAGAAACCAAGAGGAGGGGCAUCUUAGCUUCAGCUUCUGGCUGUGUUCUCUGUUCAGGGCUUGCCAUGCAGUUACUCCCUGAUCUCCCAGGCUUCUCCUAUUACUGCUUCCUCUGGUUCUCAUUGGAGCAGUCUGUUAAAUGGGGCAAACACUUGUUUUUCUGGGCUUCCAAGAGGGAAACUUCACUUAGCAGCUGCCUCGUUAUUACACUAAUGCUCUAGCUUUAACAAAACUAAGAUCUUUAUUUUUAAAUGCAAUGAACUUUAAAGAAAUAAAGCUUAACAACAGCAAAAAAAGCUUUGGCAUCAUAUUAGGGAAAUGCUCCCUUGGACUCUGAAACUGAAUUGCAAGCCUUACAUCACUUUAUGCUUUACUUGUUUGUUUUUUUUUUCUAUAGAGAAGACUAUAAGGAUUAUAAAGCUGGAUAUUGAGCACUGGAGUUUUGCAUCAUUCAGUAGUAGCAGCAUGCUUGUGAGCCAGUUUUUGUGUAAACGUUCAGUGGUGCACUCUAUUGCCCUGUGUAUAAAACUUGCUUCUCCCUUCUCAGCUUUUGUUCUUGGAGGAAAAGAAGUCUGAAGGCUGCUAGCAACGGGGCCAGGUUUAAAAAGGACAAAGCUGUUGCUAGCAGUACUAUGCUAUACUGGAAGGACUCUGCUCUCUGUGGGCCUCUCCGUCUGGUACAUCUGACUGUGACCGUGUGGGUUUUUCAGCUGAAAGCCCCAGCUGCAACCUUGGUUUACAAAACCAGCAGAAAGUCGCAGAGCUCACUGGUUCCCAGAGCAGAUGGUUUGCUCUUUUGAUGCCCAGCUUCGUUGCUUGGGAGCUGAUAAGUUGUGAGUUGUCUUACAGAGGCCUGAGCUUAUUCUAGGCAACGUACCUCCAUAUAGAGUGAGCAAUUCUGUGCCUUAGAGGCCAAGUGGGACUUAUUCAGGUCUUUAGGCUUGCCUAUGUACAUAUCUGGUAGCUUUAGUGGUUUAUCACCCUGAAGGGACUGGGCUGCCUGGCCCUUCCUUAGAGAAGCAAGUUUUGACACUUUUCUGCUGAUUAAUCCCCACGUUCCCCACCCCUGCUCCCCUCCUGAUGGGGACCCUGAGUGUGAGUAGCAGCGGAUGUGCUGGCAGUAGGAGUGGAGUGUCCCAGCCUGCCCUGUUUGACCAAGGCUGGCCUCUGUGCGAGGAGCGGGGAGACGGGCGCUGCUGGAGAUUGGGUCUGGAACUGUUUCUCUGCACAGAUCAAUUCUGAGGAAUCUUGUCAAUAAAGCAUUCCUUUGGGAGAAAA